GAUCAAAUAAAGAGUUUAAAAGUGAGUGAGUGAAAAGCAACAAAAAGUAUCUUCCUGUAGUUAAAAUAAAAGCUUGGAAUAUUAAACAAAUACCGACGGUAGAGAAAACUCUACGAAAAGUUUCCUGACUUCGUCUUCUAUAACAUUUAGCACCAGCAGCAGCAGCUGUAACAGCAUCAGUAUGGAUUGUGAUUAUUCGAAAUUUUUAUAUAAACACGGUAUAGUUGGCCCUGGCACUAUAACCUCACCGUGGACGCCAGUGAGUGCCGGCCAUCCGAGUUCGCUCGGACCGGCUGACUCAAAUGGCAGUAUGGUAGAUAGUAAAAAUUUAGAUGUGGGCGAUAUGAGUGAUGAUGAAAAAGAUCUCUCAAAUGCCGAUGCCGAAGGUGUUUGGAGUCCAGAUAUUGAACAAAGUUUUCAAGAAGCCCUCUCAAUAUAUCCACCAUGUGGACGUAGAAAAAUUAUACUCUCAGAUGAGGGUAAAAUGUAUGGACGCAACGAACUUAUCGCCCGUUAUAUUAAAUUACGCACCGGCAAAACGAGAACCCGCAAACAAGUCAGUUCUCACAUACAAGUGUUGGCACGUCGAAAACUGCGCGAGAUUCAAGCGAAAAUCAAAGUUCAAUUUUGGCAACCUGGACUACAGCCGAGCACUUCACAAGAUUUUUAUGAUUACAGUAUAAAACCAUUUGCACAACAACCAUAUCCCGCCGGCAAACCAUCUACAGCUGUAUCUGGUGAUAUUGAAGCAGGUCUUCCGCCAGCACAGCUGCCGUGGGAGGGCAGGGCGAUAGCAACGCACAAAUUUAGAUUAUUAGAAUUUUCAGCGUUUAUGGAAAUCAGAAGAGAUGAAAUUUAUAACCGGCAUUUGUUUGUACAAUUGGGCGGUAAACCCUCCUUUUCGGAUCCCCUACUUGAGACUGUUGAUAUCCGACAAAUCUUUGAUAAAUUCCCCGAAAAAUCGGGUGGUCUUAAAGAUCUCUAUGAGAAAGGUCCUCAAAAUGCCUUCUAUUUGGUGAAAUGUUGGGCCGAUUUAAAUACAGAAUUAACUGGCACCGAGACGGGUGAUUUUUAUGGCGUAACCAGCCAAUACGAAAGUAAUGAAAAUGUCGUUUUGGUGUGUUCAACAAAAGUCUGCUCAUUUGGUUCUCAAGUGGUGGAAAAGGUGGAGACGGAAUAUUCACGCUUGGAAAAUGGCCGUUUUGUUUAUCGCAUUGAACGUUCCCCCAUGUGCGAGUAUAUGAUUAAUUUUAUACAAAAAUUAAAAAAUUUACCUGAACACUAUAUGAUGAAUAGUGUAUUGGAAAAUUUUACAAUAUUGCAAGUAAUUCAAUCCCGCGAAACACAAGAGACUUUACUAUGCAUAGCGUAUGUCUUUGAAGUUGCAGCACAAAAUAGUGGAGCCACGCACCACAUUUAUCGGUUAAUAAAGGAAUAGCAUGAACUCCCAGCAUUGGCCAAUAA